AUGCAUGCCAUACGGCAGAAAUGCCGUCCCAAGCAUCAGGUUCUUAUACUGAAAUGCUAUCCCAAGACAACAAAGGGGGCAGUCGAUGUCAAGCCAAAUUCAAGCGAAUUGAGUUAUCUCUUGUUUUACGCCACGACACGAAGGAGCAAGGUGCAAAAGGUCGGGGAAUUUCUGGAGAAGAAGACCGCAAGUGAUGUUUGGAGAGCUAGAAUAGGAAAUGUACAGGUUACCCUCCAGAUUCUGGCAGCCUUAAUCGAAAAAGCACCCCGAGACCUACCUCUGUAUGCGCCUUACGUUCUUAAGAUUUUCAAUAUCAUACUUCGUGCGCAAGAUGUCACCAUGGUGGAAUCCUCAAUCCCCACUUUCCAGGUCUUCUGCGAGAAUCAUGACAUGGCAAGUCUUUCCGCGGAUCAGGAAUACCUCCACCAAUACGAGGAAAUCGUGCGAAUUUACGCGUCAUUCGCCUCUACAAGAACACAGACAAGCAGUAACCCUCAGAGCGCGCCGGUCGCUAUUAGAUGGAGGGGUCUUGGCUUACAAGCUGUCAAGAGCGUCGCAUCUUCCGAAGCUUUGUCUACAGUGGCGGGAAGACAACUAGACGUUAUCGUGCCGAUACUGUUAGAGAAUAUUUGGACGGAUAAUGAGGACUUCAUUGAUAUAUUACAACAACGAGCUGAGACAGAAGAUCACAUUGGAACAGAAAAGUCAUUGUUAAAGAGAAGAGCAAGCAAUGCGACGGCCAGAACAGCUGAUACAGAAGGAGAGAAUGCUACCCCUUUACCUGGAACAACUGCAGACGUAGAUAAAUUGGCAGAGGAAAACGUUGGUGUUUUAGCUACACAAUGUUUGAAACAAAUCUUUGUCGUCAACAAUCGAGCUCAGAUACAUGGAGCUACGACAGCCGUAUUAAAGUUUAUUGCAGACCGAGUUUCCCAGAAAGAAUCUGUCAUUGAGAAUGGUCCAAACGACAAUUGCAAAGGAUGGGCACCACGCAUUUUUGAAAUGAUAGCCAGAUGGACUCCAGUUCAAGAUCGAUAUGUCAUUCUGGUGACGGCCAUGGAUAGUUUGGUGCGGGCUGACCAAGUUGAGGCCACUCUUAUGCAACAGCUUGUUCUUGCAACCAUGGUAGACUCUUUACUCAGAUCCGAUAUCAACCUGAUAGGAUUAAGCGUAAUGGAUGUUUUACUUGGGCUGAUACAGCACAUAUUGAUAGUUCUCCAACUGGGAAAUGUCGGUGGGCCUCAUCUUCAGCCAGACAACGGAGCCGAUGAAAAAGUCGAUGCUGGUGCUUUGCAUGCGUCAAUUGCAUCCGAACCCGCUCUUGUACCAACAGGCACUAGGAAGGAUCUUUUAGCCCGUUUACAGAAUUGUCUAGGAAAUUUGGCCACGCACGUUUACUAUGCAGAUCAAAUAUCUGACAUGGUAUCAGCGAUCUUAUUACGUUUGAAACCUUCGACACUAUCACCAGUUCCCAGCACUGCUGCAGCAAUUGAAGAUCCAAAAUCUGCUACAGAGGCUCUGUUGUCUGGUACUAAUAUGACCGAAGAUCCUAAUACUGAUGGAUUUUUUUCGUUUGAUACAGCCAAGAUCACAGCUCUGGAAUCAAUAAAGUUGAUUCUCCUUGUGGCAAGUCAAAAGACUAUGACUGCUGGAAAUCUGGGACGAAAUAGAGUUCCAAUCAAGACUUGGGAAGGUACACAAUGGUUAUUACGUGACACGGAUGGGCGUGUGAGAAGAGCGUACGCUGAUGCAUUAUUGACGUGGCUUGAUCGGGAAGUCACCAAGACUGAUCAGCAAAUCUUUGAUGAUAAGCCGAAGGGAUUGGCGAAGAGUGCACGGGAUGAAUCAUCCACCAAUCUCACGAAGAGAGCAGUUUCGAACGCAUCAAAAGCAGAGAAACCCUCUAGAUCGUCAUCCCGGACAACAUUUUCCCAACUGCUACAUCUUGCCAUCUAUGAGAAUGCCUUGCAAUUUGUAGAAUACGAGAACGAUGUACUUCUACUACACCUUCUUCUCACAAGUCUUGUCAAGCAUUUGGGAGUAAAUGCGAUCAGAAGCGGAUUACCUAUGAUGUUUCGAUUACAAGAAGAUAUAAAAUCGUUUGAACUCCCAGUUCAAAAAGUCCGAAUCGGAAGUCUAUGUCAUGGAUAUUUCUGGGCAUUGUGCGAGAAGUUCGAAAUUGAAAUGUCACCCGUUGGCAAGACAAUCCAAGACGAAAUCCGUCAACGUCAAAAGGCUAUGUUUUGGGCUGAUAGCAUUCGAUUUCCUCCUGUUAAACUCCAUGAUAUUGGCCCACAAGGGAAAGUGGUAUCUCAACAAGAACAAACUCCCAGUUAUGCUGGAGCCGACUCUUUGUCAACCUUUGAUGACAGGUUUCAAUUGGUCAAACUUAUCUCAUUAUCAUAUGCAGCAUCUCUAAGUUCUCCUCCAAGCAGCCCCCCAACAUCUCCUGGCCGAAGCUUUACCCAUCCAAUACUUAGUGCGGAUGUGCCUUCGUCAACACGAGAUACCAUCAUACCGGAAAGAAUCAAGGAAGAAAUGAUGUCAGAAUGGAAUAAGGAAUCUGUGAUUGCUGUUGCGCAGGAAACUAGCAAAACUGCCUCAAUCAGUGGGUCACGUGCAGGUACAAUGACCACUGGCCAUCGUAAUUUCCUUACUAUUAAUGGACUCGGUAAUGGUAGUAACAGUGGAACAGCAUCUCCUACUGGUGCUCAAAAUGUAAAAAGUGGGGCAAAUUCGACAUACGGAACCGCUAGCGGGAUUGGUGCCAUGCACAAACUGAGAAAAAGUAGUGGGCAUUCACAUGCGCCUACUAGUGAAUCAAGCCGUGGGUCAGUAACAAGGGUUGAUCAAUUAAAACGAGUACUCUCGGGUCAGACAGCACCUUUACCAGCUACAAGGGCCGGCGCGCCACAGAGUGAUGCAAGUAGUGAGAGCAUGGUUAGUUAUGACUUCUCAGCUUCAGAGAUAUCUAUCAACACGUACAACCAGCAGAAUAGUUCGGGUGUAGAACGAUCUGCAUCUAUGCGUUCGACCGGACGAUCGAGAUCGAAAUCACGAGAUAGAGCAGAUGCUGCACAUGAUGGCACAACAGUCCCCCCUGUUCCACCACUUCCAUCCUCGCUUGUGGGUGAAAACAUAUCCAUUCACGACCAAGCGCAAAAUCAUUCGCCCGAAGCAUUUCGAACCGGUCGAAGCACAAAAAGAAGCACAAAGAGUAGAGCUGGUGGAUACUCAGGUAUGCCAUGGGGUGAAGACAAUGGAAAGGUGGUAGAUCUCCAAGAUCUACUGAGUGGUAUUGAGAUUGGUGGGGAUGGAAAAGGAAAUGUUGGUAUGCCACCUUAUUGA